AUGGCGACUUCGCCGGCUCGCAGCAGGCCGCGGCUCCCGCCGCCGGCGAUUUCAGCGGCGGAGCUCCUGGAAUCCCUACCUCCGGCGAUGCUCGACGAGAUCCUCUCCUGCCUCCCCAUCCGCGACGCCGCCCGCACCUCUGUGCUCUCCCGCGCCUGGCGCCGCCGCUGGGAGUCUGUCCCCUACCCCGUCCUCAACUGGCCCCGCGGGACGCCCUCAGCUCCCAUCGACGCCGUCCUCGCGCACCGCACCUGUCCCGUCAGCGAGUUUCGCCACCAGUACGUCCCGGAGACGGAGUUCCACCUCUCCGAUCUCUGGCUCCUCCGCCUGGCCAGCGUGGGAGUUCAAUCCCUCUACCUCAAGUUCAAGUGGUUGAAGGCGGAUGGGAUUGUCAUGAUUCCACACUUCCACAUGCUCCACCCCUACAUCUUCUCCUGCCUCGAGCUCGCCGUUCUCGACCUGGAGGCUUGCGACUUCCCCGAUCUGCCGUCUAGCUUCGCGGGCUUUCCGAACCUAACCGCCCUAAGCCUUUCCAACGUUGGAUUUCCCCAAGGGUUGAGGGGAUUGGAAGUGAUGAUCUCUUCAUCUUCGUCGCUUCAGAGGCUGCGGCUUGAGAAUUUGAGGAUGCCUGAGGAGUACGAGCAAUGGGUUAUUCAUGCGCCCAAUCUCCAGCGUCUUCUCAUCACUUCAGAUCUUGUUUACGGGUGGCAGAUCGAUCAUCUCCCGUCACUUGAGGUAGCAGAGGUCGAACUUGGACACUACUCCGAUGCCCAAGAAAUCGUGAAUCUUAUCUCUCCAUUGGAUCAAGCUAGGAUUCUCCAGCUCAGCAUGCCGUCUUCAAUGGACAAUCUUCUGGAGGGACUCUCGCGAUCCUUUGUGAAUCUGAAGUGUUUAUCACUGCAUAUACCAUAUUGCUGUCUAUCUAGCUUUUUAUCCAUUUUCUGUCUAGCCAGGAAGGCUCCUAACCUUGAAGUUUUUGAUAUCGAGCUCGGUUUCCACUAUGAAGAGGACGAGGGAGUCGAUAUUAACGUUCUAAAUGCGCAACGGGCUGUUGAUUUGUUCUCGAGUCUCACAACCGUUCAUAUGAAAAAUGUGACUUGGAAUUUAUAUGAGAUGGCUUUUAUCCAGUUUGUUUUGUUGGAGGCAAGACAACUUGAGGUAUUUAGUAUUCAUGAAUCUAGACUGUGUUUGAAACCCAAUCAAGCUGCACUUGCACUUGCAGAGGUUGCACAGUACAUGAGAUCUUCUCCAGCAGCUAAUCUUGUCAUCAGCCAGAUGCCCUAGAGAUAGUUUUGGGCGUUUGUAGUUUGUUGUAGGUAAGUAGGUUGCAGCUUUGGUGCUAGACUGUGCAAUGGCACCGACGCAACCACCUGGUUACAUAUGUAAGUUAACUCUAUGACCAACAUAGAGUUUUGAACUCUAGAUGAUAUUUCUUUCCAUGUUUCUCUUCUCAGUUGGGAAGCUGGAGGUGCCGAAAGAACUACUUUAUAACUCUGCAGAGGUAGUUAUAUUUGUCGGCCCCUAAUUAUUGUACUCACCUAAAGUUUCUGGUAAAUAUACUGUGGUAACGUCUGUAUGUG